CUCUUUGUUAGGUGGGCUCUUUGGUUCUUUAAAAAUGUCAGAAGCCAGCCAUGGCAGUGUAAUUUACGUCUUGUGACAACAUUCAACACAGUGGAAGACUUCUGGGCACUCUACACAAAUAUCCAGCUAGCAAGCAAACUGUCCUCUGGGUGUGAUUACUCAAUAUUUAAGGAUGGCAUUGAACCCAUGUGGGAAGACAGUAGGAACAAAAGAGGGGGGAGAUGGCUCAUCACUCUGUCCAAGCAACAAAGGCACAGUGACUUGGACACCCUUUGGCUGGAGACGCUGUUGUGUCUUAUUGGUGAAGCUUUUGAUGAAUACAGUGAGGAGGUCUGUGGAGCUGUAAUUAACAUUCGUGCAAAAGGAGACAAAAUAGCACUCUGGACCAAAGAGACGGAAAACAGAGAGGCUGUCACUUAUAUUGGCCGUGUUUAUAAGGAGAGACUGGGCCUGUCCUCCAAGGCAGUCAUUGGUUAUCAAGCACAUGCAGAUACAGCCACAAAGAGCAGUUCUCUUACCAAGAACAAGUUUGUGGUUUGA